CGAAGAAGCAUGAGGGGCAACAAGCCAAGCUCGACAAGUUCAGUGUUCAGCAACAAAUGUGUAGGAAUCCUUCUUGUAUUCGCGGCAAUCCUUUCGUGUGCUCGUUACUUAUCUAGACUUCCGUCACUGACAACGUCACCCAGCAGCGAGUCCCAAGACAAACAAUCCUUAAGACUUGGAACUUCCCAAACAAAUAAAAAUAACAUUGAAUUGCUACAGAGUUCUGUGGGAAGCAUACCCUACUACCAUUGCCCCGGAACGAAAAAUGAUCUCGUGCUCUUGCAUGGAUCAAAAUUCACUAAGGAAGAUUGGAGAACGAGUGGAAUUCUGGGAAGCUUUUGCGGUCAGGACGAUUUGUCCGUGACGGCCUUGGAUUUGAGCGUUCGAGCAACGCAUACGGAACUGCAAGCAAUACUUACCGACCUUGAGAACAAAGGUCGCCUUCGGCUGCCCGUAUCGGCCAUUGUCACACCAUCGGCCUCAGGCUUUACAAUGGUAGACUGGUUGGGAGCUGCCAAUCCAGAUUCCUCAGCUUUGUUGAAUUUUACGAAAGGCUGGGUACCUGUGGCUUCUGGAAGUGUAAUGACCGCACCCGACCAACUCUUGACCACUUGGAGGUCUUCCAUGUCACGACUCAUGGUCCUGGCCGUCCACGGAGACCAAGACAAAGGAGGAAAAAUUUCGUCAAGUAGACUGAAACAAAUUAUGGAUGCCAAAGUCGUGGAGCUUCCGGGUCGACACCCUUGUUACUUGGAUUCGCCCGAUGCCUUUGUCAGUACGGUCCUCGAGCACAUCAUUCGCCUUGUGUAAGGGCUCAAGUUUACGCAUCUAUUCUCUGUCGUCUUUUGACCUCCUAUGUAUGUAAUUUAAAUAAAUGCAAAACGGCUGCA